CUUGUGGCAGGGAACGUCGCCCAAUGUAUACAUCGCACCAUAUAGCGUACGUACGUAUAGCUCUCGUCCGACGGGGGUCUACAGACUCCGUGUGCUUUAUUGAACAGAUUUUAACGACCGAAGCGACUACAACACAAGUUUAGGGCCCAAAACGCGAGAUUUUUGGUGUAAAGGUCAUCGUAGUUUGUCAAACUCAAGGACCUUUCUGCCCUCAUUACCGUUGAGUCAUUUGUGGAUGUUUCCUAUAGAGUGGGGGAAGGCAGCCAUUGAUUCAGAGCUUUGGAAUUUGCAUCUGAUUGCUAUUUGUCAACCAAUGGCUUAACACAGCGACCGCGGGCACCGCCUCAGAUCAGACGCGCAUAUGAUGUUACAGCCAAUUUAACCUCUAUAUCCAAAUCUAAUGAGGAAGAGAGAGGUGCUGCACAGAAGACACGGGUUGUUGAGCUAAUGUACACCUUUAUGUAUUCGUGACUUUAGCUAAUAUUGACUUGAAAGAGCGCCGCGAGCGCGUCGUUUUAACGGGGAAAUCGGGAAUGUUCCUUCCGCUUCCCGAGAAAAAACUCAACGGAAGUUGAACUGGUGAGUGAAGUAGGCCCUUUGUGGGGGUCGUCCUCCCACUUAAAGUAAAGUAGAAGACCAACCAUUCCGGCUUGUUAUAAAAGCCCCGCCCCUCUGGAUCAAGUCUACAGAAAGUGGUCCAGCCUGUCUUCAGCAGUGGGGGGAAGUGAAGGGGGCAGAAUCCUAGCGCGUCCUGUUUCGCAGGCAAUGAAGCUGCAGGCCGUGAUGGAGAACCUGCACAGACAGCAGAGAGCCAAACUGCUGAUGGAGCAAGCGGGGCAGUCAAACGGCCCCGCCCCUUCGGGGGAGGAGCUAAAACUGAACUCCACUUCCGAUGCGGAGCAAGCUCAAAUGGCAGCUCUGGCUGCCAUGCGCGCGGUAGCGGCUGGACUUCAAAGGGCCGACAGCCCCAUGUCUGACCGCAGCAGUGGAGGAGAGGAUGAUGAGGAAGAUGAUGAUGAUGAAGACGAGCAAUACAAUCAUAUGAUGGGGUCUGAGGAGGAAGAGCAAAUAAAGCAGAAAUGGGAUGAAGAUGAUUUCGAGGGCGAGAUGGAAGAGGACUACGACGACGAUCUGGGCGACGAAGGGCUACCGUCGGGUCGUGAGGCCGUCACCCCCGGCAGAGGUAUUCUUCUCUUACCCCACCGCCAAAUGCACCACUCCUCUCAGCUGCUGAAAGCCAGAGCCGGUUCUGAAACCGAACCACGUGCGCUGGUGCACUCCGCUCAUUCGUCCCACGGGCCGCCUCAUGGGCAGGAUCACGCAGACUGGACCUAUGAGGAGCAGUUCAGACAGCUCUAUGAACUGGACAGCGACCCAAAGAGGAAGGAGUUCUUGGACGAUCUGUUUAGCUUUAUGCAAAAAAGAGGGACGCCGGUGAACCGGAUUCCCAUCAUGGCUAAGCAGGUGUUGGACCUUUACAUGUUGUACCAGUUGGUGACGGAAAAGGGGGGCCUGGUUGAGGUCAUAAAUAAGAAGCUGUGGAGGGAGAUCACGAAGGGACUGAGCCUGCCCACCUCCAUCACCAGCGCGGCCUUUACUCUCAGAACACAAUACAUGAAGUAUCUGUACCCUUAUGAAUGUGACAAGAGGAGUCUCAGCAAUCCCAAUGAGUUGCAGGCGGCCAUUGACAGCAACCGGCGCGAAGGACGCAGGCAAGGCUUCGGCGGCUCGCUCUUCACCUACUCGCCCAACGGGACGCCCACCAUGCUCUCCUCACCCAAACUCUCCAUGCAACACAUGGGCAUCACCCUGCCCAGCAACGGUGCUUCGCUUUCAUCCUUACACAAAAUUAAAAAGGAUGACGAUGGGAUUCAGCAGCGUAUACCCGUCUCUCUUGCUUCUCACUCUGUAGCCGCGGCCCAGGCGGCGGCCGCGCAGGCCACCCUCGCCCAGGUGGCGGCGCUCGAGCAGCUGCGGGACAAGCUGGAGUCAGGCGAGCCCCCGGAAAAAAAGAUGGCGCUGCCGCUGGAGGAACACCAGCGACUUUUGCAGAGAGCCCUGCAGCACAACCUGCUCGCCAUGACUGCACAGAUACCCAUGAAUAUACGCAUCAACAAUCAAGAGAGCAAGCCAGACUCCGCCCUCAACCUGACCACCAAUGGCUUAAACAGCAUCAGUAUGUCAGUGGAGCUUAAUGGAGUCGUCUACACCGGUGUCUUGUUCGCCCAGGCGGCAGCGCAGACCUCAUCAGGGGCAGCUAGCAAAUCCUCCACGGGCAAUAGCGGACCUCAGUCGGUUCUCCACACGCCUACCUCAUCAUCCUCAAACAACCAAUCGCCUUAAAACCUCAGACUCUCCCUCUCAGGGCAAAACCAAAGCCAAAAAACCUCAGUUACUACAGAAGAUAUGCCAAAAAUACAUAGCAAGGAUGCAGGAAUAAAUCAAAGGUUCUCAACUUGAAGUACACUAGCUCAGGUGUUUUAUUUACACUCUCCUUUGUUCAGGAGCCAAAAUCUUAAAAAAGCAAGAGUUUAUUAUAAAGAUGAUGAUAUAUAUAUAAAAUAUAAAUAUAAUGUAUAUGCAAAACCUGUGAAAUAAUUUAUUUCUCUUUCUGCGAGCACACUGUCUGGCAUAAACGAAAAGGCAGUUGGAUUCUGCUUUAUAGGGUUUUAUAGUCUCCGACUGACGAAAGCUUUUCAUCUUCAGGAAAACCAUAACAAUAGUAUUAUUGUUAUAACAUGUGAUGCAAACUGCUUAAGGGUCUAUACUUAUAAUAUAUUAUUGUAUCUGUUGUUGUUGUUGUUUUUUUUUCUUUAUGUAUCUGCAGUGCCUUGUGAAGGUUUUUCUCCAGCACGGUUUGGACGUGCUGUUGUUGACGGAUGGAAACGAUGCAGAGUUUGAUCUGAAGUUAUUUUUUUACUUUAAUUAUGAGUAUUCAACUUUUUGGAUCUUCUGUGAUGGCGUCGACGAUCUUAAUAUCAGUAAUUGUGAACAAUCAGGGUAAAGGAGAGAGAGAAGACCCUCGGUGCGUUUGUAGAUGUGUAUACUUCCGUUUGUAACCCGUUUUAUUGUUUAGCUAUUCACGAGUCGACUACUGGCAAACUGUGGUGGUCAUGUUCUCCGUAUGCGUUGACGUUAUCUGGGACUGCCGCGGCCUGCGCGCUUUUCACCCAUAGUUGGUCUAGCGUAGAACCGUAAAAAGAUAUCAGGUUGUUUUACGUGUUUUGAUGUAGGCUCGGUCAAUAAUCACAGUUUGAUGAUAGGUUCACUUUAAGCACAGUCCCGAGUAUCGCUGAGGGGUCAAAUAAUGCCGCCUGUGCUUAAUUUUAAAACGCCAGGACAGUUGUUGCUAACAUAUUUGUAUUUUAACCCAAAAAUAACAAUUAAUAGAUAGAUUUAAGGUGAUUUAAGGAACCAUCGUCACACGGCUCGAAAUCUUUUCUCCUUGAAGAUAAAGAGAUGGAGAGGAAGUGGUUUCUUGUUUUCGGUGAUAUUACAUCACAUCCUGCAGGGUUGUUUUUGAUUUAAUGUUCCUGUCAACAUGUAGCUGUAAUUGAUGUGUCAAGCUCUUCUAGCAUUACACUGUAUGCAAGGUCAAAAUGAUGUGGGUUGGGGUUAAACGUUUAGAAACCGGGUCUGGCGACUGUUGAUAUGAAGGUGAAUCAUUUUGGGAUUUUAAGGAAAGUUAGUCAUAGGAGAGGUACCAAAGUGGGUGGUACCUUCAGGUCAAUAAGGCCCUUAUUUUUGAUCUAAAACGGCUUUUAGUUUUAGUGUUAAAUGCCUUUAUCCUAUUUAGGAUCAAACCCGCAUCACCAGCCCUCUUCUGUGUUCUGUAUUGCAUUUUACUACAGUUUUAUAUAUCACCACACCUCAAUAUAACACGUCUCAAAGUGAGAACAGCCAGAAUCUCUCUACCUCAGACAUAUUUAUCAGCUAAAAACCAUUAACAGACCCAGCUUGUCAUGUUUAUGUGAAUCAAAUAUACGGGGCUGGGGCUUCCUUUAGCAACACUUGAAUUGUAAAUUUUAUCUCCUCCAUGUAUUAGCCACGAUUCAUCUAUUCAUGCUUGUACAAAAGGCCAUUUCUCCUUAAAGUCGCAAUAAAAUCAAAACGGACAAUUCUUAUUUUUUAAUGUAAUACUGCAGUGUUUAUUAACAACAAUUUAUCCGUGCAAGUCAUUAUUUUUUUAUAAUUCAUGUGCCCUCAUAAACUUCUGCGGUCAAAAUCUGAUUCGACGAUGACGUCAGUUAGAUGGUUCGGGCGGGACAUCCGUUAACUCCGCCCCUCCAUCACACAAUCCACACCCACUAUUUUCUUCACAUGAUAUUUUCGUUUCACGUGCAUUGAAACAACCCCUAAGUAAAGUCGAUCGCGACUUCCGGUUCACAGGGACUUUAAUGCACAUCGUCCUGUUUUAUCUGACUGACAGCUUGCCUUUAAACUCGACUCGACUUUAUAGUGACCGAUGUUUUCGCAAUGUAGCGGUAACUUUACGUUUUGAUGGCCUUUAAGCAGUGCAUUGCCAGUUUUUAAAGAAACAAAAUCGUUACCGCACCGAUAAAGUUGGUAUCUAUAAGAGGGUUCUGUUUUUACUCAGAUGUAUGCCUUAAUGUAUGCAAUUUUUACGAAAUAAUAAUCAUUAUAGCAUGCCGAUGUAGUCAGGUUUAUUGCAAGGACAACCGAAAUCGCUGUACGAUAAACCACGCAAACACGUUCGCCUUUUAUUGUAUAGCAUAUGCUUGCUAACACUCUCACGUUUCUCUUUGUCCAACUUAACGUCACACUAAAAGUUAAGUAAACCAUUUAUCCAAUACAUUGACAGCAACGAAACUUAGGUUUUAUUUUAAACAAGGCAUUUGUCGUCUUCUCAGGAAAUACACUUCUACCUCUAGUUAAACAGAUUUGUUCAUCGUAGUGCUGUGGUCACAGUGCAUGUAACAUUUGUUCUACCUUUUUAUAAUAGUAAUACGAGAAGUUUCUCGGCACACGAGUUUUUUUAUUUUGUUUUAGUACGUUAUAUUUUUAUUUCUUCUUUUUUUAAAUCUGAAUACUCAUGUGAGUGCUGUUGAGUUUUUGCUUGCUUAGUUUGAAACCAAAUAGAAAAUUGCUUCUAGCACAAGAACCCCACCGAUGCGCCGUUGCGUGCAUUUUCACUUGUGCCGUUUUUUCUGAACUUUAAAUUGCGUAGUGUCGGCCUCUUGAUCGUAUCUCUUAGGGGUGAGGGACGAAGACAAUCCGAACCUAUUUAACCUAAUCUCUGUUUGUGUGAAUAAUUAACUUUAUUUUGAAAAGAAAUAUAUCGAGAUAUAAUUGGGGGGAGGGGUGUCCAAAGAAUGUCCACGAAAGUGCCGUUAUGGCCUGAAUAUCACGGAUUGACUCUUUAGAUUUUAGAUGAUCACACAACAACUGUACCUCCCGAUCUGAAUUACCUGUUAUAACACAACAAAUGUAGUUAGGAGCUGAUACUGACUGUUUCUUUUUUAAAAAGGAAGGUCUUAUGACUAAUUCUUUAAUUUUUAUAUGUUGUAAUGUUAUGGUAAUUCCGGAGCUUCAGUUUGGGUGUGUCUGUUUUCUGUUGUUUUAAACAUUAUGCUCUGUUUAAAAAAAAGUUCAUGUUGAGUUUUGUUGUCUCUUGAAGUUUACAUUUUAUAAUUGUCAAGCAUCAGAUUUUUCAAUGUUUGAUUUUUCACAUUUGAGAACUUCACUUGUAAACAAAGACAUUGAAAUACAAUAAAAUCUAAUUCU